AUGACAGAGGAUACUUACCAAGAAUUAUUGUGUUUGGUUUCUCCUUUGAUUGAAAGACAAAGCACCGUAAUGAGAAAUCCCAUAUCUUGGGAAUUCACAACCCUUAUUUCUAAACCAUCGCUCUGCAAAAUAAUACCUGAAACGUGCAAGGCAAUAUACAUGGUAUUGAAAAAAUUCAUUAAGUUCCCGAGUACUACUUCUGAAUGGGAAGACAUCGCUACAGAUUUUGAAGACAAGUGGAACUUUCCUCAUUGUUUGGGUUCAAUUGACGGAAAACAUAUUAGGAUUGUUCCUCCAGCAGACAGUGGUUCCUACUACUACAACUACAAGAAAACUCACAGCAUCGUCCUUAUGGCUAUAGCUAAUGCUAAUUACGAGUUUAUCUAUUGUGACGUAGGUACUAAUGGCAGAAUAUCUGAUGGGGGAGUGAUUAAUAACACAGUUUUCUACAAACGUCUUGUAGAGAAAAAAUUGAACAUUCCAGAACGUCAACCAGUGACCAAUUCAACUCGAGAGCUGAACUAUGUUUUUGUUGGCGAUGAGGCGUUUGCAAUGCGUCCAGAUUUACUAAAGCCAUUUAGUCGAGCAACACUAACUAAUAACAGAAGAAUUUAUAAUUAUCGCUUGUCCAGAGCUCGCCGGGUAAUAGAAAAUACAUUUGGUAUUUUAGCAUCUCGAUUCCGUGUUCUAUAUACUGCAAUUAAUAUGGAUGUGAAUAACAUUGAAUGGGUCGUUCUGGCGUGUUGUGCUUUACAUAACUUUUUACGUAAACAGUCUGCAACAUAUGCGCCUCCUGAUGUUUUUGAUCGAGAAUAUACCAGCGAGGGUGUUACAGUAAAAGGUUUACGAUGUGAUGCAGAAAAGAUGCAUCACUUACAACGACGUUCUGGGUGCAAAACUUUGGAAGAAGCCAAAAAAGUUCAAAAUGAAUUUUGUACCUAUUUUAAUGGUGAGGGAUCAGUGCCAUGGCAGGACAAAUUUGCUUUGGAUGUGUAACAGACUUGCAAAGGACCAAAAUUGCAUAAUAAAUGUAUUUAGAUAUUGACUUUUCACUUAGAUUUUAAUUUAUAAACUGCUAGAAUAACAAGUACUUUGUUAAAAGUAAAUUAUACAUUUUGCACAUUAUAUGUAUAACGAAAUUACUAUUAUAUUUUGUUAUUUCCUUAUAUUACAUCCUAAAUCAUGUUAAC